AUGGCGCUGCAGACCAUUCUUCUCAGUGGUUUUGCAACCUUCGUCGGCUUCGCUUGCGGUGCUGCGGGUGCCCGCUCGCUGGUACGAAAACGCUCGCAGCAGGCGUCGCUCGGGCGCUGCCAGCGAAUGGCUGGAGCUUGCUCAUCCCUGGCUCUGGUGGUCACAGGCUUCCUUGGACUUCUAUGGUGUUUCAUCGCACCUCCACCGUUCUCUGUGGAGAUCUCACAGGCCCCUACUUUUCGCCGCAACGAUCCAGCCUUGUCCGUGUACCUGGGCAACGGCUGCUUUUGGCACACUCAAUACGACACUUUCGUGGUUGAGUCAGAUCCAGCUGAUGCUUUCGGUGGUCGAAACAUGAGCGAGAUCACAAGUCUCAUUGGUUACGCGGGUGGUCGUUACCAGAGUGCCGGCGGGGCUGUUUGUUAUCAUGGUCUUCCGGCUACUGACUACAGUCGCUUAGGCCAUGCCGAAGCAGUCUCGGUGAUGUUGGACGAAAUCACUGGACCCAUGGCUCGAAGCCAGGUAUCAGCCCUUGCACGGAUGUACUUCGAGCAUGGCUUUCAAUCACUGCCAGAUGGGCGCAGGCAGCGCUUGGAUCCACAAGAUGUUGGCGCUGAAUACCGCAAUGUAAUUGGACUACCCGGUGGCAUGGACAACUCCGAGCUCUGGCCGCUUUUCGAGGAGGCAAAUGUUUAUGGAAUGCCGCUUCUUCGAGGAGGUGUUGGAGAUUCGGAAGGUGAGUAUGUGGUUUACGUGUAUGACCCCCUGCAGUAUCCAUUUUUUCGUGGCGAGGAAUAUCAUCAGUUUCAUCCCAACAACGUCAUACAGAGACCUGUCCCUGUGUCUUACACUUCCACAUUGAAGGAUGUGCAGGAAAGCAUGGGACGGCUGGAUGAUUCAGACAGGGGAUGCCCUGUACUUCCUUUCUCUGAGAUUGUUUUUCUGAUCGUGAUGAUGUUUGCCAUGACCUUGUCAAGCGGUGUUGUGUUCCUAUACAGAACCCUGGCAGAGCCGGAUGCUCUUUGCUCCAUACAGCAGUUUCGCUCGAACGAUGCUGCAGCGUAG